GGGAGCAACAGCAGUUCAGGGCACGGAGAAGACACAGCAGGACAGGAAUGGGGAGCUCCUGCUGAUCUGGGCACUUUCUCCUUCUUCAUGUUACUGACCUGGGAGGAUCCACUUUAGGAUAUGGAUACCAAGCAAAAAAGAGGUACCAGGAAGUGCCGCUGAUCUGCACAGACCCCCUUUGCCUGCUGCUGCCCCACAGUGAAAGGGAGCUGCAGAGGAGCUGCAGAGGAGCUGCAUGGUCCAUUCCUGGAUUCUUUAAGCACUGACUCCCACCCACUCUGACCACAGCCAGGGACCACAUCCCACUGCCUGCACAGAGUCCAUCCAUGGAGGUGACCACCUUGUCCCCAUCUCCUGCCUCACCCACAAAAGAGGAUGAUAUCUGUGAGAGAGAUGUCACUGAGGUGGCCAUACACAGUGUGACACUGCUCAUCUGCCUCUGUGGGCUGGCUGGGAACGGGGCUGUGCUCUGGCUCCUCAGCCCAAAAAAGCUUAACUAUGGCAUAUUUGACCUCGCUGUCGCCGACUUCCUCUUCCUGGUCUUUGCAAUCCCCUCGGCCCUCCUCUUCCUGGUGGAGGACAUGUCCUGCUCUCCUAUCGUGCCCUUGAUGUAUGUGAGCUUCCUUUUCCAGCUGUCAGUGUUCUCCUACUACUGGGGGCUGUUCUUGCUGACAGCCUUCAGCUUAGGAAAGGACAUGACCUUACUCUGCAAGCUCUGUUGUAGCUGCUGGAAACUUCACUACCGCCUGAGGUUGUUGGUGUGGGGCACCCAAUACUGGGCCUUCUUCUCUCUCUUCACUGUCAUUCCAGCGCUGACAUCCCUGUGCCCAUCACACGAGCAGGAGCACUGCCAAACAGCUCUCGUCUCCAUGUAUAUCGUCAUCCUGCUCCUCUUUGCUGCACCCGUGGUUACUUCAAGUGCAAUUGACAUCAUCAAGGCCAAGCGUGGCUCCCAGCAGCAGCAACCUGAGACACGAGACAUCGUUAUCACCCUCAUUGUGCUCUUCACGCUCCUUCUCAGCAUCUGCAAUUUCCUGCAGCAGCUCGGUUACAUCCCUAUGUCCUCCCAGGUUUUUUUCAUGCUCACCUGCAUCCACAGCACCAUCAAACCCUUCAUAUAUUUCUUGGCAGGGAACUGCUCGAGUCCCUGCUAUGUGGGGUCCCUACGGCUCUCCCUUCAGAGGGUCUUUGAGGAGAAGAAAGAAAAAACUGCCUGCAGUGAUGAUGCCAAAACAGAGACAGUGAUCUAACCCUGUUGGUCCCUUCCAAUGCUCAGCACAGGUUUCGUUGAGACACCUGAUUAAUAGAUAUCCGCAGCAUCACCCUCCCUGUGCUGGUGUACUCCUGCAGGAGAAGGGAGCAGGGGCAUUGCCAGGGGCAAUGUGGGAGGGAUGCUUUGCCAUAGAGCACAUUGGAACAUGGCUUUCCUCCUCCCCACUGUGGCCACAUGGCUUCAGGCAGUGCAGCUGGGCUCAGUGCUGUUCCCCAGCUCUAUUCCCCAUGGAAUGACCCUCAUUGCAUAAGCCUCCAUUUCCCUUUGGAACACAGAUGAGUUUUGUGGUGUUUUGAGGGAUCUUUUGCCUGCAGGGAAUGUAAGACCUUAAGGCCUGGGGACACACCCAGCACAGGUUGGCGGUUAUUUCCCAAAUCCCUGUGGGGCUGGUGCCUCUCAAUGGCAGGAGAGGUGUUGAGAUCACACGGAGUCUCCUUCCCCUUCUCUGCAGAAGAGCAAGCCCUGCAUUCGCAGCUGAUGGGAAGAGACACCAGGUAGGGCUGCAGAGAUGGGCAGGGACAGCAACAUUCCCUUGUACUUUCAGUGGGAAUUUGUCUCAUCCUAUAAUUCUAGUAUUAAAUUCUUCUGACUAAAGUGCCGGGUUAAAGGUGAUUUCCACUGAACCUUUGUGCCUGUGCCAAAAAGAGCUUUCAGCAUGGAAAUUCACAUCACCAGAUGCUUGGACACUUAAUUGCACAGAAAUAAGGGAUUUAUGCUGCUGUUCUGAAGAAUAUUGCCAUCCUCUGGUUCCCCAACCUCGAAGUCCACUGAAGCCUUUGACCAGCUCCAUUCUGAAGCUGGCCACCUUCAAGAGGAACUGAACAGUGACUGUGCACAGCACCUUCAGCCAAAAUUCAUCUUGUACUGAUCUUUGUCAUUUGUUAUCACCCAUACAUCAAAUUUGUAUUUAUGUCUUUUGUUUGACUACAGAAUGUAACUCUGAACCCAAAAUUUGUGGAAUAAACAACAUCUGAGUUUUGCUAUAGAGCCUAUCCUUGUGGAUAAUGUCGAAAAAUGGCUCAAUUCUCAUUUUCCCACAUAUUAUAGCUUUUAAUGACCUAUGGAGCUCCCUUAUCUGAAAAAAACAGACAUGAUGAGGUUUUAUCCCAAUGAGAGGGCACUGAUUAAGUUGAAAGAGAAGAGUCUGACCUAAUGUCCUAUGCUGGUUUACGAUGCCAGUAUCCCCAGUCAUCUGUUCUCUUUAUGCUGGAUACUAUUUGCUCUCACACCCUGGAGAACUUCACUGGAGUGGACUCACAUCACCUCACACUCACCAGCUGCUGCUGUUGGAUAUUAAUGCCAAUGGAGCAAGAGAUGCCAGGAAGCGCCUGGACCCCUUUCUCUUCUAUUGCCCCACAGU